UUUUGUUUAACAGCUUAUUGGGAAUGAGAGUAAACAAUGUCUAUGAUGUGGAUAAUAAGACAUAUCUUAUUCGCCUUCAAAAGCCAGACUGUAAAGCUACACUUCUAAUUGAAUCUGGUAUACGGAUUCACACAACAGAGUUUGAGUGGCCAAAGAAUAUGAUGCCAUCUGGGUUUGCAAUGAAGUGUCGUAAGCAUUUAAGGAGUAGAAGACUUGUCAGUGUAAAACAGCUGGGGAUAGACAGAAUUGUAGACUUUCAAUUUGGAAGCGAUGAAGCAGCCUAUCAUCUCAUUGUUGAGCUUUACGACAGAGGAAACAUUGUUCUGACAGACUAUGAAUACUUAAUAUUAAACAUCCUGAGGUUUCGCACAGAUGAGGCAGAUGAUGUCAAAUUUGCAGUUCGGGAACGGUACCCAGUUGAUAACGCUAAAGCAUCUGCACCAUUACCUACCUUGGAAAGGUUGACUGAAACAAUAUCAAAUGCACCUAACGGGGAACUGCUAAAGAGGGUCCUUAACCCACAUCUUCCUUAUGGAGCCACACUCAUUGAGCACUGCCUUAUAGAAGCUGGAUUGUCUGGUAAUGCCAAAGUAGAUCAACAGAUGGGAAGCAAAGAAAAUAUUGAAAGGGUACUUGCUGCUUUACACAAGGCAGAAGAAUAUAUGAAGAUAACUAACAACUUUAGUGGGAAGGGUUAUAUCAUCCAGAAACGUGAGAAAAAGCCAAGCCUGGAGCCAGAUAAACCCGCAGAAGAAAUCCUCACAUAUGAGGAAUUUCAUCCUUUCUUGUUUUCUCAACAUUUAAAGUGUCCGUACAUGGAAUUCGAAUCAUUUGAUAAGGCAGUGGAUGAAUUUUACUCCAAGCUAGAAGGUCAGAAGAUUGAUUUGAAAGCUUUGCAACAGGAAAAACAAGCACUGAAGAAGCUGGAAAACGUUCGUAAAGAUCAUGAGCAUAGACUAGAAUCUCUUCAUCAAGCUCAGGAAAUUGAUAAGGUAAAAGGAGAACUCGUAGAAAUGAACCUGGACAUAGUUGACCGAGCUAUCCAGGUGGUUCGCAGUGCGUUAGCCAACCAGAUAGACUGGACUGAAAUUGGAGCAAUUGUAAAAGAAGCUCAGGCUCAGGGAGACCCUGUUGCGAGUGCAAUCAGAGAAUUAAAGCUUCAGACAAAUCAUAUCACAAUGCUACUAAAAAACCCGUAUGUAUUAUCAGAGGAGGAGGAGGAGGAAGAUGACGAAGCUGAUCAUUGGAAAGAAAUUGAAGAACCAAAGGGGAAGAAGAAAAAGCAUAAGAAUAAACAGCUGACGAAACCUCAGAAAAACAAGCCAUUGUUGGUUGAUGUUGAUCUCAGUUUGUCUGCAUAUGCCAAUGCUAAAAAAUAUUAUGAUCAUAAGAGACAUGCUGCCAAAAAAACACAGAAGACAGUAGAAGCUGCAGAGAAGGCAUUCAAAUCAGCAGAAAAGAAGACAAAGCAAACAUUGAAAGAAGUUCAAACAGUUACCACCAUUCAGAAAGCAAGAAAAGUUUAUUGGUUUGAGAAGUUCCUGUGGUUUAUUAGCUCUGAAAAUUACCUCAUUAUAGCUGGAAGAGAUCAACAGCAGAAUGAAAUGAUUGUGAAGCGAUAUUUGAAAUCAGGAGAUAUAUAUGUGCACGCUGACCUACAUGGUGCAACUAGCUGUGUAAUCAAGAAUCCUACAGGUGAGCCGAUCCCUCCCCGUACCCUGACUGAGGCAGGCACCAUGGCAUUAUGUUACAGCGCUGCCUGGGAUGCUCGUAUCAUCACUAGUGCUUGGUGGGUCUAUCAUCACCAGGUGUCUAAAACAGCACCAACUGGAGAAUAUCUGACUACAGGAAGCUUCAUGAUAAGAGGGAAAAAAAACUUUCUUCCACCUUCAUAUCUUAUGAUGGGAUUUAGCUUCUUAUUUAAGGUGGAAGAAUCUUGUGUUUGGAGACACAGAGACGAGCGAAAGGUCAAAAUGCAGGAUGAGGAUAUGGAGUCUGUGACCAGUAGUACCAAUGAACUGGUGUCAGAAGAAGUGGAGCUACUAGAAGAAGCACCAGAAGGAGAUGAUAGCAGCACUGAUGAUGAGAAGGCACUGCCUCAAGAAAUGCCUGAUGGUAUUGAAGUCAGGGCUGACAGUAACCUCGAGGAGGAUGUUGCUCACGCAGACAAGGAUGGAAUAAACAAGCCACCAGCACAAGAGGAAACCUCUGAAGAUGAUGAUAUAGAAUCUGAAGAAGAGGCUGAAGGUCAGGAGCUGAUGAGUGAAGUGAAGGAGGAGGAGAUAAAUUAUCCAGACACUGCAAUCGACCUGUCACAUCUUCAGCCACAAAGUCUUCACAGAUCCCACCAGAAAAUGGUUACAAAAGAGGAAGCAUCUAACCUGAGUGACAGUAAGUCACAUGGGCGAAGACACUUGUCAGCCAAGGAGAGAAGGGAAAUCAAGAAAAAGAAGCAGCAACAUGAUAUAGAGGAUUUAGAACUACCUGAAGGAAAGGAAAGAGAGACCAGCACGCAGCCCCCAUCUUCUCCUGUUUCAAACAAGAGCAUGUCAGCCCCUCAGCCCAUGAAACGAGGACAGAAGAGUAAAAUGAAAAAAAUGAAAGAGAAGUACAAGGACCAGGAUGAAGAAGAUAGAGAGCUCAUAAUGAAGCUAUUGGGUUCUGCAGGGUCAAGCAAAGAAGAAAAAGUGAAGAAAGGUAAAAAAGGAAAAAUAAAAGAAGAAUCAGUAAAGAAACAAGCCCAGAAACCAAAGGGUGGCCAUCAGGUUGAUGCAGGUCGUAAAGAAGAAACCCCCCCGGUAGAAGUACUAACACAUGAGUUCCAGGACAUGGCUCUGGAAGAUCAGCAGGAGGAGAAGGAGGAACAGGAUCAAGAUCAACAGGAAAAUGAGGAAGGAGAGAGACUGCUAAAUUCUUUGACAGGCCAGCCUCACUUGGAGGAUAUCCUCCUCUUUGCUAUACCAAUAUGUGCACCUUACACUACCAUGACAAACUAUAAGUAAGUUGCAGCGAUUUAUCUGAAGAAGUAACUUUAAUUUGACAGAUUAGCAGCACGUUGAGUUAGUUACUUAACACCUGUGUAAAUGGUGUGAUUUUUCUUGUUCUUUUGAAAGAUACAAAGUGAAGCUCACUCCAGGCACCCAGAAGAAAGGAAAAGCUGCCAAGACUGCUUUGCAUAAUUUCAUGCAUUACAAAGAAGCUACAGCAAGAGAAAAAGAUUUAUUUCGCAGUGUGAAGGAUACUGAUUUAUCAAGAAAUAUUCCUGGUAAAGUGAAAGUGUCUGCACCUAAGCUCCUGAACAUGAAAAAGAAGUGAGCGUUGGUCAUAAAUCAUGCAUACGUGUUUGAACUGCCACUACUACUUCAGAAGAGGACAGUGACAAACCUGCCACCUGGACCUCUUCAAAUUUUGCUAAUAAAGUAAAAUAGCUAUAAUCAGUUGGACUAAAUUUAAGAGGCAGAGAUGAACUGUUUCCUGCAUCUGACCCUGGCCUAGAUCUAUUUGUAUGGACUUUAAAUUACAUGUAGCAUGUGACUCCUCUAAAGUGCACAAGUAAAGUACUACUGGCCUUAGUUGUCAAAGGCAAGACUGA